GGAUAGAUUUAACCAGUAGAGAGUUGAGCGCAGACAUAACAGCAUGUCGAGACGACUCGGUGCGGGAAUUUCGUAUUUUUCGGGCCUGAACUAGCCGUUUUCUCUUGCUGCCGGGGAUUUGUGUGCAGGGCGUUUUGGAGGGUUCGUGGUUCAUUUGUGUGCACUGGGCAGUGCUAGAAAUAGUGCAAACUGAUAGUGAUGUGCAUGCCCGUAUCAGAGCGCGAAGUGAUCGAAGUGCAUUUGUUUAAUCUGUAAUCUAGAGCAGCGGCCGCAGCAGCAGCGGCAGUAGCAGUAGUGUGUGGUUCCUGAAGUGCAGAAAAGAAAACGCAAAACAGCGACAACAAAACAUAACAGCAAAAAAGGCGUACAAGUGUAUAACUAGCGGCCCAACAAGAGAUUGGAAUGUAACGGGCACGACCGAUUGGAACGCAAAUAUUUUAACCUUUUUUUUUCUUUUUUUUUUGCGUGCGCGCGCGCUCGCGCCCGAUCGAAAGUGCAGCGCGAAGAAGUUGCGCGUGGGCGACGAAAAGUGAACGAGCAACUUUCGUACAAUCCAGCCAGUGGACCGCCAGUGGACAGAUUUUGUGAUUGCAACCUGCCUGCCGGUGUAGUGAGAAAGGAAGAAAGGAAAAGUGUGCACGAAAGCCGAGCCAACAAGGGUUUGGUUGCUUCUCUCGGGCAGGUAGAGGUCCUUUGGACAAGCAAAGGCAACCAGAGGCCUAGGCAAGUGUGUGAGAGCCGAGCCAAGAGUGUAGAAAAUUAAAACAAGAAAAUACACAAACACACACACACACAUCCAUACGGAAACACAUUAACACAAACAUAAAUAUACGCCGUAUCGGGAAAGUGCAAGGAAGCGUUUGGGCGCAGGAGGCAAGAGAGAAGCAGAAGCGAAAAAAGGGGCCCGAGCGGCAGGAAACCCGGUUCGACGACGGCGUCCUGUCCUGUGGCUUGGUGAAGUGGUGCAGUGAGUUCGAUGUGAAAGUCGAGUGACGCGGUAGCGCAGAUUUGAGCGAGGAUUUUCGUGAAAUAAUGCUCGGUGCCGGCGAGUGGCCAGUGAGCAGGAAACAUUCAACCGGUCGUCCCGUGCUCGUCACGACGCAGUGUCAUCGCGGCCAGCAGGGCCACCAGGACCACCAUUGUAGUGAGCAAUAGAUUGAUUGUGCGAAGCAAGAGAAUCGAACCAAUUCCUGUCCAAAACGUAAAGGCAAACGUGUCCAGGAAGCGUUCCCAAGCAGUGCGUAUCCUUUCCAACCGAACGGAACCACAUUGGUUUCCUCCCGGGUCCGUUCCGGCGGCUCGGUGUACAUGACGCGGGAACGGCUGCGUGCCCAUGCGGCUCCGUGUCCCGCUGGCUGCAGCGAAACGCGCGGCCUAGCCAGGCAACGACGGGCCGCAAGCGGCACGAGGACACGAUCGACAAUGAUCGGUCGGCAAACAAGUAGAAGACUACUUCCAGCGACCAUGCACGUAUGGUUCUACGUGCUCGCUGUGCUGGCGAUAUCACACGGUGCAACGCGAGUCGCUAGCACAGACAGCAGCAGUCCAGCCCGAACGAAAGCCUCCAGCCUGCUCCAUUCGGAUCAAUCACACAUCAGCCAUCCCUUCAAUCAGCCUGCGUUACGACAGGGCUCGGCCGACUCGACACCGCCCGUCACGGACGUCUCGCCGGAACCACGGAUAGGUGGGACCGGUGCGCCGGAAGCGGCCAGCAUAAAGAGCAGCGAGACGAUCGAGUACGAAGAGUAUGUGGCCGCUAAGGAUGCGGCGGUAGAGGUAGACCCCGAAGGUCCAGCCGACGAGCCGGUGCUGGAGAACGAAAUCAGUGACAGUGAGCCGGACACGGUGGACAAGGUGGUGGUGGAGAGCAGGCCCGAUCCUAAAACGCUAGUCGAGAUAGAGAAGAACCUUCUGAGCCUGUUCGGGUUCCCCAAUCGGCCAAAGAUCGACCGGUCCAAGGUGGUGAUACCGGAGGCGAUGAAGCAGCUGUACGCCCAGAUCAUGGGCCACGAUCUGGUCGACUCCGUCAGCGUACCAAAGGAAGGACUGAACACGCGCAACGCCAACACCGUGCGAAGUUUUACACACGAAGAAAGUCACAUAGACCAGCGGUUCCAGCAUCAUCAUCGCUUCCGGUUACUGUUCAACGUAACAAGCAUCCCGCGAGGCGAGAAGUUACGUGCAGCGGAACUCACCCUAACCCGCGAGGGCAUCGCCCACCGAAGCAGCCGAGCGCAGGCAAGGACACCGGUCCUGUAUCAGGUGAUGGUGUACGACAUCGUGCGGCCCGGCGUCAAAGGCAAGCGCGCCCCGACCUUCCUGCUGGUCGACACGAAAACGCUCGCCAUCAACGAGUCCGGCACGGCCAGCUUCGAUGUGAUGCCGGCCGUCGAGCGGUGGCUAAGGCAGCCGCGCAAAAACCACGGCCUGUUCGUGCAGGUGACGGGCCGGGGCCGUGGACCUCCAGGCCAUAGCCGCCAGAGGCGCAGCAUAGUGCCGGCCGUCCCCGUCCACGAGCACGUCCGGUUGCGACGGAAUGCGGCCGAACGGCACGACAGCUGGGUGCAGAAGCAGCCGCUCCUGUUCACCUACACCGACGACGGGCGGCACAAGCAACGGCCGAUCCGGGACGCGAUCAGCAGCGCGAACCGGGCCCGGCGUGCCUCGGCCAAGCGCAGCAGCCGGCGGAAAAACGAACUCUGCCAGCGGAAGCCGCUGUACGUCGACUUCAGCGAUGUCGGGUGGAACGAUUGGAUUGUGGCGCCGCCCGGGUACGAGGCGUACUACUGCCAGGGCGACUGCCGGUUCCCGAUAGCGGACCAUCUGAACACGACGAAUCACGCGAUCGUGCAGACGCUGGUCAACUCCUACAACCCGACGCUCGCACCGAAGGCGUGCUGCGUGCCGACCCAGCUGUCCUCCAUCUCGAUGCUGUAUCUGAACGAGCAGAACAAGGUGGUGCUGAAGAACUACCAGGACAUGACGGUCGUUGGAUGCGGCUGCCGGUGAAGUGUUGAAAGGGAAGAGGGGGAGGGAAGAAUUGAGGGGAAGGAUACGUUUUCUGUGAGAAAACAAGGGGGGAGGGUAGGGGAUUGAAACAAAACACGAAAUUGGAUGACCAUAGGAAUCGGCAGGGCCGCAACUGUUUUGUUUUAUUAUUACUUUAAAUCUUUGUUUUGUGUAUAACGAUCGAACGUACUAAGAGCGAAGUGUGUAGAGAGUGUGAGUGAGUUUGUUUUGAGAGAAAUAGAGAUCAGAUAGGAUAGUAGCAGUAGUAGCAACGAUCAAACUUGUGUACCAUAGUAAAAAAAAGUCAUGUAGAUCAAGCCAUAAUCAACGUAUGCAUGCAAAAAAUGGGGAAAAAGCAAACAAAAUAAAACUAAUACAAACAAGAAAGCUCAACUGUUGGGUGAGAAGCGUGUGAGGUGUGUGCGUGUCAAGUGGCACGCUAUUGUCCGUCCAGAUGCGGUACAGGUAACAAGCUAAUGUUCAGGAGUCUUGCAAGGUGGCUUAGCGAGUUGGUAGGGCUGGGAAACUAGUGCUGUGGCAUAGGUGUUAGUGACGGAGACUUCAGCUGAAAAAUAAGAGAAAAGUGAAGGACACAACGCGGGGGGCUCAUCAUCUGUACAUAUUUAUUGAUAGGAAAUGUUAACAGACAGUGAAGAAGGAAUGGUUCCUCUCGGAAGCAGAGGACCUCCCGAGUGCAUGUGCGUGUAUAAAGUAACAGGAACUACAUAGUGAGAUAGCUAGAGCGUUAAACUUACGGCAGCCCGCGAAUAAGGGACGGAUAACGAUUCUGUAAACAGUCGACAGGGACGUGCAAGGCAGGCAAGUGGAUGUUGCGUAUGUGCUUUCAGUGAAGUCCUGCAGAAAUCACGAUCACACACACACAUCUAAACAACCAGCACUUCUUGCGUCUUGCGCGUCCGUGAUGGGCGUACAUUUUGUACUAGCAGCUUUUAUAAAGUUCCGAAACCGCCGGACAGCUUUCCUGAGUGCGUCCUUACUGCGAAACACUAUUACGUUUAGGCACCGCUACAAUGUGUUUGAAUAUGUUUUUUGUGUGUAAAUUUUUGUAUAUUAUUUGCUGUACCUGUGUAAACGGAAGGAAACGUAUUUAUUUUACGAAAAGCUGAAGCGUGUAAUUGAGGAAUAAAUUUGUAAGGAAAUUCAAA